GCUGAGGAGAGCUGCUGCUGCGGACUGCGGCGGCGCGGCGGGAACCGAGCGGGAGCACAGGUGGCCGAAAGACAGAGCCACUGGAGCAAGCAUGCGGAGCUCAGCCAAACCCUGGAACCCAGUGGUCAAAGCUGGGAGCCAUGGCACUGACCGUGUGCGGCCCCUCCUGGCUGCUACUUCCGGCAUGAAGAGCUCCAAAUCUUCAACCUCAUUGGCUUUUGAGUCCCGGCUCAGCAAGCUCAAGAGGGCCAGUAGUGAGGACAUGCUCAACAAACCAGGAAGCACCACAACAUCAGGAGUUGUUCGCCUGAAAAAGACCAUGACCUCCGGAGCCAUUGCUGAGCUGACUGAGAGUCGCCUGAGAAGCACUCCAGGGGCUGCUGCACCAGCCAAACGGACAGGCAUCCCAGCGCCCCGCGAGCUUUCCACUGCAGUCCCGAGAGAGAAAUCCGUGCAGCGUGGACCCUCCAACCCCAGGAAAUCAGUGUCCAGCCCAUCUUCUUCUAGCACGCCCACGCCUACCAAACACCUGAGGACCACCUCCACCAAAGCCAAGCAAGAGAGCGACGCUGCCGAGAGGGCCGGCCUUGAGGCUCACGUCCGAGAACUGUUGGCAGAAGCCAAAGCAAAAGAUAGUGAAAUCAAUAGGCUUCGGAGUGAACUAAAGAAAUGCCAAGAAAAGAGAGACUGGACCAGCGAAGAAACUGGUGCUUUGGACCAGAAUGUCGAUGCCAUAUCUAUGUCAUCAGGUGACACAGAGCCUUUGAUAAGAGCCCUGGAGGAGAAGAACAGGAGUUUUCAGAAAGAGCUUUCUGAUCUACAGGAAGAAAACCGGUCCUUGAAGGAGAAACUGGUCUACCUUGAGCAGUCACCAAACUCCGAAGGAGCAGCAAGUCACACGGGUGACAGCAGCUGCCCAACAUCUCUGACUCCAGAGUCAAGCUUCGGAAGCCGGUCUGGGAACCAGCUUUCAGGUGAAAUCGAUGAGUAUAAAAAACACACACAUGCGAAUGCUUUAAGGACAUCGGAUUCUUCAAGUAGCGAUGUUACCAAAGCUUCCUUGUCACCAGACGCCUCCGAUUUUGAGCACAUCACAGCAGACACUCCUUCUAGACCUGUGUCUUCCAAUAGCAACCCCUUUAAGAGCUCAAAGUGUUCUACCACGGGGAGUUCUCCCAACAAUGCCAGUGAGUUGUCUCUGGCUUCCCUUACCGAGAAGAUCCAAAAGAUGGACGAGAACCAGCACAGCAUGGCCGAAGAACUGCAGGCCACUCUGCAAGAAUUGUCAGAUCUGCAGCAAAUGGUGCUGGAACUGACAGCUGAAAGCGAGAAGCUGGCAGACCAGAAGACACUUCUGGAGACAUCCCUUCAUCAGCAUCGCGAGAGAGCAGAGCAGUUAAGUCAGGAAAACGAGAAGCUGCUAAACCUUUUACAAGAGCGCGUCAAGAGUGAAGAGCCCAGUGUCCAAGAAGGAAAGAUCCUUGAGCUGGAGCAGAGAUGCGCAGAUAUUCUUGACCAGGGGCGCUUUGAAAGAGAGAAGCUGCUCCUCAUUCAGCAGCAGCUGACCUGCAGCUUACGAAAGGUGGAAGAGGAACACCAAGGAGCGUUAGAAAUGAUUAAACACCUGAAGGAGGAAAACGAAAAACUGCGUGGGUUUCUAGAACUGGAACGACACAAUAGCAGUGUGGUGGCCAAAACACUGGAAGAAUGUAAAGCCACCUUGGAAGGGCUAAAGAUUGAAAACAGAUCUUUAAAGUCUCAGUUGGAGAGCGAGAAACAAAAGGCCGGAGGAAGCAGUCCCGUGGCGCAGACAGCAGAGAACUGUGACGUUCAGGAACUGUUGAAAUUAGCUCGAGCUGAGAAAGAGCAACUGGAACUGUCUUGUAGGGAGCUCAAACAAGAAUUACUGAAGGCAAAUGGUGAAAUUAAACACGUGUCGAGCCUGCUAGCUAAGGUGGAAAAGGAUUACUCUUACCUGAAGGAGAUCUGUGAUCAUCAAGCAGAGCAGUUGAGCAGAACCAGCCUGAAACUGCAGGAGAAAGCAUCAGAGAGUGACGCAGAGAUAAAAGACAUGAAGGAAACCAUAUUUGAAUUGGAAGAUCAGGUGGAACAGCAUCGAGCCGUCAAAUUACAUAAUAACCAAGUCAUUAAUGAACUGGAAAAUAAUGUACUGAAGCUGGAGGAACAGAAGUCAGACCUGGAGAGGCAGCUAAAGACUCUGAAUAAGCAGAUUAAGGAAGAUACUGAGGAGUGGAGGCGGUUCCAGGCUGACCUGCAGACUGCCGUGGUGGUGGCCAACGACAUCAAGUGUGAGGCCCAGCAAGAGCUUCGAACUGUCAAGAGGAGGCUGCUGGAGGAAGAGGAGAAGAACGUGAGGCUGCAGAAGGAGCUGGGCGACAUCCAGGGCCACAGCAGACCUGCGAAUGAAGAGUCAGAGCCCUCCGAAGUGGAUGCUCCUGGCCGGUGGCAUGGUGUCUAUGUUAGCAGAACAUCCCCAACAUCGUCAGAGUCUAUAACCACUGUUAAGUCACUUAUCAAGUCGUUUGACUUGGGACGUCCAGGUGGAGCGGGACAGAAUGUGUCUGCCCGUAAAGGCCCCCGGAGCCCCCUGAGCGGAAUACCAGUGAGGACUGCGCCCGCCGCCGCCGUGUCUCCAAUGCAGAGGCAUUCAGCGUACAGCAGCCUGCGGCCAGCAAGCAAAGGAGUAACUCCGCGCCUGGAUCUACCCGACCUUCCCUUCUCAGAUCUUCUAAAAGGAAGGGCCGAGGACCUGAAACCAGACUCUUACCUCCGAAAGAGUCCUUCCCUUGAAUCACUGAGCAGACCCUCGUCUCUGGGUUUCGGGAACGCAAGGCUGCUGAGCACUUCCACCAGGGCGCUGAAACCGCAAAGCAAACUCAGUGUGGAACGGAGAGACCCCCUGACUGCUUUGGCCAGAGAAUAUGGUGGCUCCAAGCGCAAUGCUCUGCUGAAAUGGUGCCAGAAGAAGACAGAAGGUUACGCGAACAUUGAUAUCACCAACUUCAGCAGCAGCUGGAGUGAUGGUUUGGCCUUCUGUGCUCUGCUCCAUACCUACCUGCCUGCCCACAUCCCGUACCAGGAGCUGAAUAGCCAGGAGAAGGAGCUCAGUGAGAUGCUGUACACCGACCGGCCAGACUGGCAAAGCGUGAUGCAGUAUGUAGCCCAGAUCUACAAGUAUUUUGAAACGUGAACCCUGAGAGCCUGAGAACGUCUGCCCCUGGGAAGCAUCAGCCACUCUCCACAGCUUCUACCUGUCUACCUCCCCACCUGCAAAGCUGUCAAAGGAAGCCUCUUUGGGGACUCUGAGCAACCCCAAAGUGAACGGCGAGGUCAUCACGUACCACGCUUGUCAGGGUGCGCUUCGGUGUAUGAGUUGGAGAAGCUUCUCUCCCCCGUGGGAUGUUUCUAGAGAGCCAGGGGUCCCUCCAGCUCCAAGAUCCCACACGCAGGCUCGUUUCCACAAGAACCAGUGCAACAUCUCACGUCACAUGUGACUUAACUCAGGGUCUGCUUAGGGAUUCUGAGACUGCCAUCCUUGCACAACCAACUGCGGUCUUUCUAAUCAGGGACCUGCUUUAAUUCAAGAGCUUAGCUUUUGCCGUUACAGAAACUUGGCCCGUGUCACCACUCUCCCUUCCCAUCACCAAAAACAAACAAACAAAAACAUUUGCCCUUGAGCAACCAAGAGACACACAAACGAGCAAGAACAAUAUAGGCCCUUUGGAGAAAUAUGCUCACGUUCUAAGUCAUCAUGUUGAAUGCUUAGAACAUGAUGCAGAUUUUUAGAUCUGACAGUCCCUUGUUUGAUUAUUUGGGUGAAAAGUACAAUAGGUGAGGUGCUCAUGAACUUCUGUGGAAAUUGUCUCUGUGUCCGCCGUGAGGUCCCAUGGAUGAGAAGUUGCGGGUUGUGUUAGUGGGCCCAGUCAGCUGUGUCACCCACACACCCCAUCUGGCCCGUCCCCUGGCCUGGCUCAGUGAGAGAUUUGCAGGCCGAAAGGAGACUGCAGGGGUCAUCCACUCGUUGCCUGUCGCCCUCCACUUAGUCAGACUCCCGUUUGCCUUCACCCAGUCUGGCUGGCGUGGGGCCUGGAGAGAAAGCCUGUGUGGGUGCAACAUGUCAGGACUUUGUGCGUUGGUUGAGAGUGUGUAUUUCAUGAGAGACCCGGGAGGUAAUAAAUAUAUUUUUCCUUUAUUUCUACUCUGAACUUCCUUAGCUGGAAGAACUUCAUCAGGCCCAUUAUUCUUUCCUGGGCCAAAAGGUGGCCAUUGGGUUGGGCGGUGAUGAUUAAAAAGCAACAACAACGAGGCCAUUGUCUGUACGUGGCAGAGAUGCGGAGGGCGCAGCUCGCCGGUACAUCAGAUCCCCAUGUCUGCUGCUCCAGGUAAAGAUCAUCCCACAGUCUGCAAGCCACUGGGAAUUGCAGUCCUACCACUGAUGCUUACAGGAAAUCUGUGAUUGCUGCACCCCUUGAGUAGAGACUGUGGGUUCAGCCACCACGCUGGGAGAGGAAUGAAUUCCCAGAGGAGUCUGACCCCCAUACUCCACACCAGCAAUUUGGGUGUCUGGGCUCUGCAGGUGGGGCCAACCCUUAGUCUUAAGCUGUCUGACAACCUGAGGAGAGAUGCUCUGCCUCCCCACCCUGCCGGUGGGUCUCAGCCCUGGCUCUGUAUCAGAAUCUCCCAGGGAGUUUUGUGAAAAACAGCCAGUUAACUGGUGACUCAGAGUGUCUGGAGCGGGGCCCAGGAUGCCUUCUGCACAUUUAAAAACUCCCGAGUGUUUGCAUUGCAUGGCUCCACAGAGAGCCUCUGGGGGGAGAGGCCCUCUCAUCCAUAGCUGUGGACAUUCUGAGCAGGGCUCAUUCCUCACUAGCCCCUUUGUGCUUAAAUGGACAAACCGGUCCCUUCCUGGGAAAGGCAAUCAAAUGAAAGUGAUUUCAUUGGAUGCUUUGUGCAUCUGCCUUCUGUUGGCUUGCCUGAUGUGUUUGCAUCCUCUCACUGGUUCUGCUUGGCACACUUUGAGUGCAGGUGGAAGUGGUAGCAUCCCAAGCUGUUUAUUGUUGUACUUACCUGGGGCUUGUGCAGGUGUUUUGGGUGAUGGUUUUCAAAGAGCUCUGGGACAAGAGUGAUGGGUAUGCCAGGCACCCUGCCCAAGACCACAUUGCUGGUGGUGGCCCUUCACCCGUUCUUGUGUGUGUCGUGCCACCUUAGGGUUGAAAAGGAGGGAGACACCACAUGGAAGAAAGGCUGUUCUAUCUCUCUCCUAACACGAGGAAGCAGUGUGGUCAUUGUCCUUGUCAGUGAGCAUGCUUCUAGGGGAGGAAACCUGUGCUCUCUGCUCAGAAGCAGGACCACCAGGCAGUGUUGCAGGGCAGACACCCUUUUGGGGUCUGGAGAGAGAGAUGGGUCCUAGCUGGGUGAAGGAUCAGGCCUGCCAGCCCAGCAGCUCUGUGCAGCAGAGCUAGCAGCUCUCUUGCAGGGAGAAGUGGCCUGCUGGUGUGUGGAGGUGCGGGGCCGCAGAGGAGCCACAUUGGAAGUCGGCUUUUUGGUCAGGCCCUUUCCCAGCCCAGGUUAGGCCACACUGGAUAAGUAUUUUAGAUCUAGUUCUCAAUUAGAGAACUCAAGAGCCCCAAACCCCAGUGUUUUCAAAUUAGUUCUGACUCAGCGCGGCCCCGUAGGACAGAGUCGAACUGCUCCAUAGGGCUCCUAAGGCUGCCGGCGUUCGAGAAGCAGACAGUCUCAUUUGUUUUUGUCCCUUUGAGCAGCAGCCACGCACUUACCCACAGUGCCACCGCGGCGUCAUUCAGGGCACACGGCAAAAGGGACAAGUUGACAAACUGAAAAAACAAGGGAUCAUCUUCUUGCUUCUUGCACUCACACUGCAUUGCAUCCUUUUUUCACCCCACCUUCUUCAGCCUUUAAAUGGCCAAAUCUUCAUUUAACAUCCAUGGAGUGUUACAAAGCCUUUUUGUUUUCCCCUUUCUUGAUACUUCUUAUACCAAAACUGUGAAAUUCCAGACCCAGGAGAGUGGAGGGCUUUCUCUAAGAGAGAGGAGGCUGGCGCUCUCUGGGCUGUUGGGUGGUCUCAGAGACUUGAAUUUCAGUUGAUGGUGGCUCCUGCCCCGCCGGGAUGACUUUCUGCACAACCGGGCCGGUCCCCACUCUUCUCGCUUCAGGAUCGACUUGAGUCUUUUGCUUUCGUUCUCCGUUCAUUGUUGUUUCUUAGCGUUUGCAGGAACCCUGCCAAGUGCCAUGAGGUGUCAGACAAAACAUGCCUUCCAAAGUGAUUCUCCGUCUAGCAGUGAUGGCUACCGUCAGCGUCUCUUCCUUUCUCCAGCAAAGCUUUCUCUCACUCUCUUCCCCGAGCCUCUUGAGGGGAGGGCAGCCUUUCCCUGGAGAAUGAGGACAGAGGCCUCAGCUUCUUAAAAUAUAAAUCCCGUUGCCAAAUCCAGGACUAGUUCUGAUCAUUCCAAAGCUCCAGUGCCAUUUUUGAGAUACACUCCCAACAGCAUGCAGUAACGAUUAUAAGCCAGCCACCUGUCUUAAAAGUAUUUUUAAUAGCAACACUUGCCCAAGUUCACUGAUGAAUCCCUUCUCUGACCUGUUAGAAUUUGCUAACUGUGUCACAUCCUGAGUAGCGCACUGAUUUUAGCUACAUUAGUUGAAUGCAAUCAGUGACAUCCUUGGCCUCAUUUCUCUGUUUCUAUAAAGAAUAUACUAGAUUGUAUGAAGCAUUGUCAGGAUAUGACAUGCUAACAUAGAUGUAUUUAAAUUUUAACAUGUAAGUAUACAGUGUAUGACUGUAACAUUUCUAAUAAAUAUACUUUGUUUCGGUCUCA